AGGACGGUGAAGCAGUACAGCUGGUUUGACGUUGAGGAGAAGGUCAAGGUCUACACAGAGGACCCGCAGUUGCUGGCAGCGCUGGAAGAUGAUUCGGUUGAAGUUCAUAGUAAAUUCACAGCUACUGGAUUCGACCUAUGGGCGGACGCAGCUGAUGGCUGGCGAGUUAUUCUAUCCAUCCCGACUCUCAAUGCUGAGAUAGUACCAGAGGGGUGCAAGCAUAAAGUGUCUAGAGGGAAGCGGGUAUCCGUAACACUCAGGAAGAAGAAUUUGCAUAGGACUUGGUACAAUUUGAAAAGCACUUCCGACUGA